CCGGCCGGGCCCCCCCCUCGCCCCCUCCGCCAUGGGCACCCCGCACUUCUAAGGCGCCGCCCCGGGGGGGGGCAGCGGGAAUUCAUUAAAAAUCGCUAUUUACGUGGUUAUUCAUUGCCCCGCUCCGGGUAUGUGAACAACCACCCCCCUGCCCCCCCCGCCUCCCCUUCCAUCCACCCCCAGCGCCAUGCCGGCAGCCUGCACCCUGCUGCUGCUGCUGGGCUUGGGGCUGGUCCCGGUCCCACCAGCCGGGUCGCUGCCCCUCGCUUCCCCACGGCGUCUUCCUCCUCCUCCUCCUCCUCCUCCGUCCCGAAACCGUCUCGGCCGCCCUUGCUCGCCUCCCGCCGCGGGACAAGCCGACAGCCCGGUCAUUGAAAGCAGCUAUCAGGAGGGAAGAAGUUCAAACACAGGGAUAAGGACUCCUGGUGCUCUGGUGGACAGUGUGGAGCUGGUGACGAUGCUGGCUGGGAGCAGGGAGUGGGCAUCACUUCCUGCCAAGCACGGAGCGGUGCCAGCGGGGAGCAAGGUCAUGGGGCACAUUGGUCCUCUGGCUGGCAAUGGGGAUGUCACCCCACCGGGAGCAGGACCCCCAGACAACCCAUCUGCUGGGACAGCAACCCACCUGCCCACCCACAGCCAUCCUCCUGAUGCUGGAAGCCAUCACCAUGCUGUAGGCAGCCAGGAGAGAGGCAAGAGGGCUCUGGCUUUUCCCAACAGCCCUGCAGCUGCUGAAAGGACACCACCAGGCUUGAAAACUGUCAGCACUGAUUCGGCUGAGGGGACACAGGGUGGGCACCGUGGGGUCUGGAACAUGUUGGGGUUUAACAACACGAUGAGGACAGUGCUGCUACCUUCAUCUUCAGAAUCUCAUCACCCAGGCACUGACAGCCCCUCUCGACUGGCGAGCAGCUGGGUGGGCACAGAACUGUCCAGCAGCUCCCCCGUGGACACUGCAGCCACUUCACCCAGCCCCUCCGGGAGCAGUGGGGGAACCAGCCCCGGCACUGCCCUCCGUGGCUCCCUGAGACAGCCCCAAUCCUCCCCCCGAGCUUCAAGUACCCAGACUGGUGCAGACCAGGUCAUGCUACACCUCAGGGGUGUCACAGGGAACUCCACAAGCCCUUUGCUCACAGCAUCGCCUGCCACUGACAGCGCUUUCAGAGCUGUUGGGAGCAGCACCAGGGCUGCAGAAAAGAAGAAAUCUGGUAUCCAAAGGACAGCACCUGGCUUCACAGCUCAGCCCCUGGCCUCUGUGCCCUCCUCAGUGGCCCUGGCACAGGGACGUUUCCCUGGGCCUUCCACGGAGCACCAACUUGUCCCUUCUCUCCCAGCUUUGGAAAGCACUGCCACAGCCGUUGGAAGCAGCUACCAGCCAUCCAGCAACUCAGCCACGGAGAGGAGAGCUUCGGAUUUCCCUGCCACCAGUACCUCCAUUUCCACAACAGCCACCAAGGGUGGAGGGAGGACGUUAAGGUCUCUGCCAGCCAGCACUGGGCUGGUCAGUGUGGCAGAGAUUUCCACCUCUGGCACUGAAAUCAUCAGCUCUUCAGCCCAGACCCCUGGGAUGUCUAUGGGUGCCCAGGACGGUGAUGGCAGAGGUGUCACAGACCCCUUGCUCACAGGCUUGCCACCUGCUUCACAAAACACUUCCACAACCUUUAGCAGCAGUUACAAACCCAAGAGUGUCCCAGCUGCAGAAGAGGCGACGCUGCACUCAGGCACACAUGGUGCUGACGUUCCUGGCGUGGCAGUGGGGACUGCAAAUGGCCACAUAGCUGGGCUGACAAGAGGCUCUGCCACCAGCACCGGCCCCACAAGCUCUUUGGGGGUGACCUCCUCCUCCUUAGGGACUGGGACACAUCGUCCCAACAGCUCACGGGAAGCUACUGAUCUCCCAGCCCCCCCCGGGGAUCCUUUGCUCACAAGCUCUGAAAGUACGUCCAGAGGUGUCAGAAGCAGCCAACGACCAGUUAACAGCUCAAUGGCAGAGAAAAACCCCCUCCUUUCCUCACCCACCAGCGAUUCCAUUUCAGCCACGGGCAGCAGCAGGGGUGGGAGGACCCCGAGGUCUGCCACGGGCAGCAGCCGGUGGGCAGCAGAAGUCUCCACGUCCAGCAGUGGCACGUACAGGGCCUUGGGCACAAUCCGAUCCUUGUCCACAUCUCCUGUGAGAGAGACCUACAGAGUUCACGGGUCCAUACAAAUGACGGAUUUCACCGAGCGGGUGGUAGACUCUUCCCUAACACACUCUCACUCUCCUUCGGAAGACCCUUCCCCAGUUCCUGGAAGCAGCCAUGUGUCAUUCAGCAUCCUGUCAACAGAGAGAACCAAUUUCCCCACCACUGGCACCUCCGUUUCCGGAACAGGCACCAAGAGUGGAGGGAGGACGUUAAGGUCUCUGCCAGCCAGCACCAGGCUGGCCCAAACGACCGAGAUGUCCACCACUGGUACCGAAAACAUCAGCUCUCCAGGCCAUUCCCAGUCUUCUUUGGGAACCCCAGGUGGUGGAGACAGAGGUGCCACCGUGACGUCCACGAAUCCAUUGCUCACAGGCUCACCAUCUGCUUCGGAAAGUGCUUCCCCAGCAGAAGGGACCUCAGCAACGGGAGGACACCUGCCUCUCACCAGUACACCCAGUGCAGGGAUAAUCACCACUGGUCAGGAGAGGAGUGUUGUGCCCGUGUUGGACACCCAUGGAGCAUCCAGUGCAGCAGGGAGUUCUGCUCCCACUCCACCCCGCACCAGCACCUUGGACGUGGUCCUUCUGCUGUCCUCAUCAGCAGAAGAGCCUGGGAAGCAGAGUGACGUUUCACAGGGUGAUGCUGGACUCAGUGAGCUUCCAACAAAGCUGCUGCCUGCAUUUUCUCCCAGCAUCUCAGUGCCUUCUCCUUCACCAAGUGCUUCAGGGAGAGGCAGAAGAGUUUCUGGUGUUCCUACUGAGACCACGUACAUCUCGACCACACUCUCCAGCCACAGGGAGGGGACAUCUCAAGCUGCAGCUAGCCACAGCAUGUGGAGCACAGAGGCAGAAAGCCUCACAUCUCACCUGGACACAGCUGGGGGGACCCGCAUUGGCCCCCUCCCAUCCUCCACAGCUUGGCCUGGGGUGAGACACAUGCCAUCUGGCCAAGCAGGGUACCCAGAGCCCAAGGUCACCAUCUCAUCCAGGGUCUUCACCUACUUCUCAGCUGCUGGUGAACCUUCCACCAUUAGCAGCAGCCAUCACUCCCUAAGCAACUCAAGUGCUGAGGAAAGGGUGUCCAGCCCCGUCACUGAUCCUGUGUACAGUUCAUCCACGUCUGCCGGUGGUGAAGAGAGGAUACUGCACUCCGCAAUGGAUGGCACUUUGGCUGGUGGCAUGGAGAGAUCUUCUUCCUAUGCCAAAGCUGCCAGCUCUCCAGGACCAGCUAAGCCAACAUCAGUGGAACAUGGUGGGACAGCCAACACCUCUGCCAACAGUAGGGACUUCACAGACCUUGCAACAGAGACUGUCUUUGUACGUUCUUCCAAGAUACCCACUUACUCUUCUUUCCAAAAUGAUCUCACAAACUUUUCAGGUAGCCAUCAGCCAGUCAGUAGCAUUGAUGCCACUGAGAAAAGGACCUCUGUUUCUCAUACGGAUGGCACAUACAUUUCAACCACAUAUACCAGAGGAGGAGAAAGGACCCUCCUGUCUAUCUCCAAUAACAGCACCUCUGCUGACUCCUCAGAAAGUUCCACCUUUUUUUCUGAAAUUUCCAGCCCUUCUGAUGCAUCAAAAUCUUCUGUGUCUCGGGACAGGUGGACCAAUGCAUCGAGUGAUAGCAGUUUUGUUGAACCAUCUACAGAGCCACUACUGGUACACUCUUCCAAACUGUCGACUUCUGCUUCUACAGGCAGCAUAGAAAAUACAACUGUCUUCAACACUGACUCUGAUUUGUUGGUCACUAACAGAUCAUCUCUAUCUUCAUCAGCAUUUCCAGUGUCUUCCUCACUGUCAUCGCUGCAUCACUCGCUGUCAUCAACGCCACCACCAAGUCAUCUGUUCACACCGUCAGAAUCACCUGAGCCACACUUGUCCUCUGUGAUGGCAUCUUCACCCCCUCUGCAGGCUUUGUCAUCCUCCUUGCCCACUUCCUCAUUGCUCUCCCCAUCUUAUUCAUUAGCAUCUUUAUUGCCUCUGUUUUCAUCACCCUCACCCAUCUCGAAGUCCAAUGACAAUGAUCAAGCAAGCAUCACUGUAGCUACAACGGUGGUCAGGCAGGUGCCCUCCACAGCUGCCACGGCUGGGAGCUCACCCAGAGAGACCAACAAGCACAGUGUCACACACCAGCCCCAAAACAGUACCACCUUCAACUCCACCGUGUCUCCUCUCCCUACGGCACCUAUGGAGCUGCUUGGUGGACACACUGUGUCUGUGUCCACUCCUGUCACAGUAACAGAGACUGCCUUGCCUAGAACUGCCACCACCCAGGAGGGCAGCUCUGAGAAGGCAACACCACUGCUCACCACAGCCAGUCUUGCUCCACGGGCUGGUCCAACAGCCCUUAGUCCCUCACCAAGUGCAACAAACCACAGCAACAUUGUCCCCGCAGUGGCACUGACCACUGUCAAACCUCCUGUACUGACAACACCGGCCAGUCGCCGGCCAACCCCAGGUGAAGCUACCACCACAAAGGACCACAGAGCUCAAACACCCACUGCCACUAAGCACAUGUAUACCACUGGUGAAAGGACAGAAGCUGUGGAUCCCACCACUGCAAAGCCUGGUAAAGUCACCGAGGAAAACAUCCCUGUUACAAGUCCUUCUGAAACCACUCCAACCAUCAAGACCACUGUGAGAAUUGCAACUACUUUGGCUGCUACCAAACCAACCAGUGUUCCUCCAUCCAGUAGCACGGCGGGGCUGAGGACAUCAUCUCCAGCAACAGAUGUGGAUAAAUGUCUUUCCAAUCCUUGUCCUGCGCUGGCCACCUGCAACAACACCCAUGGCUCCUAUAUCUGUCAGUGUCCUCUUGGAUAUGAAAUGGAAAAAGGAAAGUGCAAUUUAGUGAGAAUAUUUAUUGGCCAGGUCCCCCUGAAACCUAAUAUCACCCAUGGGAAGUAUGCAGAGCUCUUCCACGUUGAGAGCGAGAUCCUGGCCGUGCUCAAUGCAUCGCUGUCAGGCUUGCCGGGGUACCACCACUCCACUGUUAAGGCAAGCAGGGAGGCAAAUAUUGUGCAUGUUUCAGUGCAAUCCACGUUCUCUUUAGCAUCCAACGUGACUUUCUACGAUGUUAUCAGCAGCGUGAAAAGCUACAUUCGAGCUUGCAAAUCCCCCACCGAAGCCUGCCAAUUCAUCUCCAACCUGAAACCACUCCACAGAGUUGGCAGCUUGUGUGGACAGAAAGACCCUGAAUGUGACAAGGAAACUUCGGAAUGCACUGACUUUGACGGAGUUGCACUCUGCCGGUGCAAAAGUGGGUACUUCAAAUACAACAAGAUGGACCACUCCUGCAGAGCCUGUGAAGAUGGAUAUAAGCUGGAAAAUGAGACCUGUGUGAGCUGCCCAUUUGGCUUAGGUGGAUUCAACUGUGGAAACCCGUAUCAGCUCAUCACUGUGGUGAUUGCGGCUGCAGGAGGGGGACUUCUGCUUAUCAUGGGCAUAGCACUGAUCGUCACCUGCUGCCGGAAGAAUAAAAAUGACAUAAGUAAACUGAUUUUCAAGAGUGGGGAUUUCCAGAUGUCACCUUAUGCUGAAUAUCCGAAGAAUCCCCGGGCACAGGAGUGGGGCAGAGAGACCAUCGAGAUGCAGGAGAAUGGAAGCACCAAGAACCUGUUGCAGAUGACAGAUGUGUAUUAUUCGCCACCUGGACUGAGAAAUCCUGAACUGGAAAGAAACGGACUUUAUCCUCCCUACACUGGUUUACCUGGAUCUCGACAUUCAUGCAUCUACCCUGGACAAUACAAUCCAUCCUUCAUUAGUGAUGAAACCAGAAGAAGAGACUAUUUUUAGCAGAGAGCGGAGAGGGAGUGGCAGAUGGACACAGUUUUGUGGCCCUUGGUCCCCAGGACAAUCUGUCUCCUGGGUAAUUCAGGCCACAUCAAUCUUACUCUUCCCAUUUAACAGGAAGGACUUUGAACUUCGUGCUGAGCAUUGCUGCCCUGAGGUAUUGUUACACUUGCUGAGCAGCAGAGGGAAGGAGGAGGAAGAGGAGGGAAUGGCUCGAGGUGCACAUCCCUAAAAGACCCAGAUGGAAGCUAACACAUGUACUCCAUAUUCGUCCUAUGCUGCAUCUUCACUCUUUAAGCUACAUGGCAAGCAUGGAUCAGUACGGGCAGAUGAACUGUGCCCAGCACUCUGCAUUGAAUACCACUAGGGAGUGUUUUGUUUACAGAUCUCGUUCACUGUUGACUGUGCUUGUCUUCUUAGCCAGCCUUCAUGCAAAGAUUCACUGUGCAACUGUGUUUGGUAGGGCAAGUUCGUCCACUCCCUUUUACAUUGCUGCAUUGCUAUUUGCUUUGUGCACAACAGGGAAGCUGGCUCAACUUUUGGCCCUCACCUUUUUACUGGUAGAAGUUCUCCAGGUGGCUGGGUCCUUGCUGAAGCCCAGUGUCUGGCAAUAUUGGCUGAAUUCAUGGGUUGAUUGUCUCCAAGGAGUGUGGGAAGGUUAGUCAUACCACUGCAAUUUUGACUGAAAAAAGCCAUUUGUUCCUAUGUGCUGCUUUGAAAAUCUUCUAUAUAUAGGGAAGAGUCCAAGUAUAUUGUUGUUUUGUCAACCAGUGUUGUUCAGAAGUGAUGCCACUGCACAUCGUCAUGGCACUUCCAUAUAGGAUCCUUUGGGGUUCUGUAUCCCUGCAGGGAUUUAAAUGCCUGUAGAAACAGCAGUAUAAUAUUGAAUAAUUGCUCACAGGGAAGAAAAAGAUGAGCUGUGCAUUCAGCAUGCUCUUUAGGAGGAAUCUGUGAAAGAGCAGUAAUGCUGCAGCCUUGGCUGGCAGAUGAACCUGAAUUCUGGGCACUGAAGAUGAAACAUUGCAUUUUAUAAUCUCCACAUUCCACCUUGCCUUCUGUAGGAGCUGUGGAGGCUUUCAGGACAUUGGAAAAUAAGGCUCACUGCAGGCAGUUGCAUUUAACAGAGAAAAAACAUGAUCCUUGCACUCCUAGCAUAGCUAAGAUCACUUAUGUUGAAGUGUUUUUCUUUCUUACAUCCUAGUUUCGAGUGACUCAGACCAGGCAGGUUUAUUCACCCAGGUAUGUUAAGUCAUAUUAGCAAAAUCCUGAACAGACAUCAGACUGAAAGCUCAUGGAGUGUAUUCUGACCUGAACUGUGUACUUAAAGAGAUCUUACUAAUUAUAGAACCCUAGAAUAGUUUGGGUUGGAAGGGACCAGGUUGCUCAAAGCCCCAUCCAGGCUGACCUUGAACACUUGCAGGG